GUACGUGUAAGCAAUCUGAGUGUAACAAGCAUUGGUAGAGUUAAAUGAAAUUCUGGAUAUAAUAUUAAACUUUGAAUAAUUUUCCAGGUAAAACAAAAGUGUUCAUUCUCUGAUUUAUUUAAAAAUCAGACCAAGCCAGUCAAAGAUGAGUGCAGCUGAACAAGUGUGUUACACCUUGAUUGCUGCUCCAAGUGAUACAGAGCAGCCAAAUGAAGUGCAUCUUAAAUUAGAUUUAGAAAAGGGUGACAUAAGAACCAAAAUUGAAGCAUUAAAGAAGACUAUUCAUUUGAUCCUCAAUGGAGAAAAAUUUCCAUCAAUCUUAAUGACAAUCAUACGAUUUGUUUUGCCUCUGCAAGAUCAUACCAUUAAGAAACUGUUAUUGAUAUUUUGGGAAAUCGUUCCUAAAACUACUCCUGAUGGAAAGCUGAUGCAAGAAAUGAUAUUAGUUUGCGAUGCUUAUCGAAAAGAUUUGCAGCAUCCAAAUGAAUUUAUCCGUGGUUCAACAUUGAGAUUUCUUUGCAAGUUAAAGGAGCCUGAGCUACUGGAGCCAUUAAUGCCAGCUAUUCAAGCAUGUCUUGAGCAUCGCCAUUCAUAUGUGCGAAGAAAUGCUGUCUUGGCCAUAUUUACUAUUUAUAAAAACUUUGAGUUUCUUAUCCCAGAUGCUCCUGAGCUUGUGGCAAAUUUUUUGGAGACUGAGCAGGAUAUGUCUUGUAAAAGGAAUGCUUUCAUGAUGCUAAUUCAUGUGGACCAAGAAAGAGCUCUCAAUUACCUUAGUUCCUGCAUUGAUCAAGUCCAUUCUUUCGGAGAUAUCCUGCAGCUUGUCAUUGUAGAACUUAUUUAUAAGGUUUGUCAUGGAAAUCCUUCUGAAAGAUCACGUUUUAUUCGCUGCAUUUAUAAUUUACUCAACUCUAAUAGCCCUUCAGUACGCUAUGAAGCUGCUGGAACACUUGUAACUUUAUCUAGUGCCCCAACGGCUAUUAAGGCUGCUGCAAGCUGCUAUAUUGAAUUGAUUGUAAAAGAAAGUGAUAACAACGUAAAGCUUAUCGUCUUAGAUCGUUUGAUUGCUUUAAAAGAUGUUCCAGCCCAUGAAAGAGUUUUACAAGAUCUUGUUAUGGACAUAUUACGUGUUCUAGCUGCAUCAGAUUUGGAAGUCAGGCGAAAGACUUUGAAUCUUGCUUUGGAUUUAGUCUCUUCUAGAAAUGUUGAAGAGAUGGUGCUUGUUCUAAAGAAAGAAGUUACGAAAACACACAAUACAGUUGAACAUGAAGAUACUGGAAAAUAUCGACAACUAUUAGUUCGAACACUUCAUUCAUGUUGUGUCAAAUUUCCUGAUGUUGCUCCUGCUAUUAUACCAGUUCUCUUAGAAUUCCUUUCGGAUAAUAAUGAACAAGCUGCUGCUGAUGUCCUUGCUUUUGUUCGUGAGGCAAUGCAGAGAUUUGAACAAUUGCGAACUCUAAUUGUGACAAAGCUGUUGGAAGUAUUUUCUUCUAUCAAAGCAUCUAAAAUUCAUCGUAGCGCUCUAUGGAUUCUUGGUGAAUAUUGUUGUACAGUGGAAGACAUUCAUAGUGUAAUGACAGAGUUUCGGCAAUGUUUGGGAGAGAUCCCAAUAGUAGAUGAUGAAAUGAAAAAAGCCUCUGGUGAAUCAAAGGAAGAGAAGGAUAACGAUGCUGCAAUGGUUGCUCCUGUUCAAAAACUUGUCACUGCUGAUGGCACCUAUGCAACACAAAGUGCCUUUAGUUCCACUCCUGCUGUUAGCAAAAAUGAGAAAAGACCUCCAUUACGUGGUUAUUUGAUGGAUGGAGAGUUUUUUAUUGGUGCUGCUUUGUCAUCAACAUUAGCAAAAUUGGCUCUGCGAUAUAUAAACCUUGUCCAUGAUCCAAAGAAACAAAAUGCCUUCAUUGCAGAAGCUAUGUUAAUUAUGACAUCAAUCAUUCAUCUUGGAAAGUCAGGAUUGGCUUCAAAAACUAUCAAUGAUGAUGAUCUAGAAAGAAUCGCAUUAAGUUUGAAAGUGUUAGCCGAUCGGUCACCAUUGAUGAUAAAUAUAUUUAGUGAAAAGUGUCGAAAAUCAUUGGCAGCAAUGUUGGCUGCCAAGCAUGAAGAAGAACAAGAAAAUUUAAAAGCAAAAGAAAAGAAAGGUAUAGUUAUUCAUACUGAUGACCCUAUCACAUUUGGUCAACUCACUGCUAAAGGGGACGCAUCAGGAACUGAGAAUAUGUUUGAAUUGAGUCUCUCUCAAGCAAUGGGAGUCUUAAAGAAGGAUUCUGCUGCUGAUCUCAGCUCUUCGAAGCUGAGCAAAGUAACUCAGUUGACUGGCUUCUCUGAUCCUGUUUAUGCUGAAGCUUAUGUACAUGUCAAUCAGUAUGAUAUUGUUUUAGAUGUACUCAUUGUGAAUCAAACGUCUGAUACUCUGCAAAAUUGCACUCUAGAACUAGCUACUUUAGGUGACUUGAAACUUGUUGAAAAACCAUCUCCAGUUAUUCUUGCACCUCAUGAUUUCUGCAAUAUCAAAGCAAGUGUUAAAGUUGCUUCUACUGAGAAUGGCAUAAUAUUUGGAAAUAUUGUUUAUGAUAUUAGCGGAUCAGCUAGUGAUAGAAGCGUAGUUGUUUUAAAUGAUAUUCACAUUGACAUUAUGGACUACAUAAUUCCAGCUACAUGUACAGAUCAGGAGUUUCGACAAAUGUGGGCGGAAUUUGAAUGGGAAAAUAAGGUCUCUGUGAAUACAAAUUUAUGUGAUCUGCAUGAGUAUUUGAUGCAUCUCAUAGGUUUUACUAAUAUGAGGUGUCUUACUCCAGAAAAAGCAUUAUCAGGUGAAUGUGGUUUCAUGGCUGCCAAUUUAUAUGCUCGAUCAAUUUUUGGAGAAUAUGCAUUGGCAAAUGUAAGCAUAGAAAAAAAUCCAUUAAAUCCUGAAGCCCCAGUUACAGGGCAUAUUAGAAUACGAGCGAAGAGUCAAGGCAUGGCUUUGAGCCUAGGUGACAAAAUUAAUCUUAGCCAAAAGAUGGGUAUGAAAAGUGGUGCAUGAAUCAAUUCAAGACAAAGGACUUUCUUAUAAAUGAGUUAAAAUCUUUUUUGAGAAAAUAUAUUAAUCAUGUUUGGCAUCAAUUUUCAUUGUUAGAUUUUUCUUAUUUUUAUGUACAAACAUAUUCAUGUAUAAAAUAAAUAUUUGUCAUGA